AUGGCGAAAAAGUUUACGUCCAAGGUACAAAUAGUUCCUGCUGAAAAGAAACAAGUAACGGGUGAAGCAUAAAUGUAAGGCGGCUUGUCCAAGUUAGUUAGCUGCUUCGUCUACGAGGAGCUGGACGGUACUUCUCUACACCGUGACAGAACUAGGUUGUUUCUCUCAGAAGAAUGGCAGAGCCACAGAGAAAAGGAGAGCUGCUGCCUGAAGAUGUUGGCACAGAUGACUGCCUGACUUCAUACACACACAUCUACAGUCCAGAUUUACUAAAAGAUCAGGUUGCUUUUAUAACAGGUGGUGGAUCUGGCAUCGGACUCAGGAUAGCUGAAAUCUUCAUGAGGCAUGGCUGUGACACAGUGAUUGCAAGCAGGAACUUGGACAAGCUCAAAGAGGCAGCUAAAAAGCUGUCGGCAGCGUCAGGACGCCGCUGCCUCCCUUUGUGUCUGGAUGUGAGGCGGCCUGAGAGCAUCGCAGCUGCUGUGGAUGAUACACUGAAAGAGUUAGGACGCAUAGACAUCCUCAUUAACAAUGCUGCUGGAAACUUCCUCUGCCCAGCUGCCUCACUCUCCUUCAAUGCCUUCAAGACAGUAAUGGAGAUAGACACUAUGGGUACAUUCAACACCAGCAAGGUGGUUUAUGAGAAGUGGUUCCAGGCUCAUGGUGGCAACAUAGUAAAUAUCUCUGCAACACUUGGAUACAGGGGACAGGGCCUCCAGGUGCAUGCUGGCUCUGCUAAAGCUGCAAAUGAUGCCAUGACCAAGCACCUGGCUGUGGAGUGGGGGCCCAGUGGGGUGAGAGUCAAUACUGUGGCUCCAGGUCCUGUAUCUGGCACGGAGGGCUUCCGCAGACUGGGUGGUCACACAGUUGAGGCUGCUGGUGCGUUCCAGUCCAUUCCUUUGCAGCGAGCCGGCAACAAGACAGAGAUGGCCCACUGCACUCUGUUCUUGGCCAGCCGGGCCUCCUCCUAUGUGACCGGAGCCAUCUUGGUGGCGGACGGCGGGUCGUGGCUGACCUCACCCAACGACGUCUCCAUGCUGAUGGGUAUAGCCUCCUCUAAAUCUGCUAAACUCUGAACAGGGGCUCUUUUGUCCUCCUCCUGACCCAGGUUAUUGGUCAUCUGAAAAGAAAAUAAACAAGUAAAUUCUGAAAACAAAAGAGUAAUUUAGGCCACCUGUAGUACUGAUUAUGCUACCUGUAAAGUAUUUGGGGUUUAUCUGACCCACUAUUGCUUCAAGAGUGUAUUGGUAAGUGGCAGGAGGAGUUGAACACUAACAGACUGUAUACUUACUGUAUUAUAUGUGUUUACAAUCUUAGUAAUGGAUCAAUUUAUCACAAUACCGCUGUGUAUUGUCAUAAUGCAUUUCAUGUCUAGUGAUGUUAAUCACAUUCCAUUUAAUGUGAUUUUUCAGUACCUCUCAUGUAUUAAUAAAACAUUUAUAAUUACAGUUAACUGUGACUGUUUCAGUUUACUAUUGCAUGUCAAUUGUUUUCUGCUAAUGUACAUACAAUUUUAUCUGUCUUGGAUGCAUUUUACUUUAUCACUAUCCCUUAGAUUGCAAAAUGUACAGAGGAGCAGACUGUUUGUAAAGCAAAUCCAUUAGAUUGAAUUAGUGGUUCCUACCUACCUAUGUGUCAGGACCCCAACAUCUGAGGGGUGAAAAAGUUAUUGGAUAAA